AGUCUUGCACAGGUGUACCGGCUCCUCCCCUUCAGUCUUGCACAGGUAUACCAGCUCCUCCCCUUCAGUCUUGCACAGAUGUUCGGCUCCUCCCCUUCAGUCUUGCACAGGUGUACCGGCUCCUCCCCUUCAGUCUUGCACAGAUGUACCGGCUCCUCCCCUUCAGUCUUACACAGGUGUCCGGCUCCUCCCCUUCAGUCUUGCACAGGUGUACCGGCUCCUCCCCUUCAGUCUUGCACAGGUGUACCGGCUCCUCCCCUUCAGUCUUGUACAGGUGUACCGGCUCCUCCCCUUCAGUCUUGCACAGGUGUACAGGCUCCUCCCCUUCAGUCUUGCACAGGUGUACCCGCUUCCUCCCCUUCAGUCUUGCACAGGUGUACUGGCUCCUCCCCUUCAGUCUUGCACAGGUGUACCCGCUCCUCCCCUUCAGUCUUGCACAGGUGUACCCGCUCCUCCCCUUCAGUCUUGCACAGGUGUACCGGCUCCUCCCCUUCAGUCUUGCACAGGUGUACCGGCUCCUCCCCUUCAGUCUUGCACAGGUGUACCGGCUCCUCCCCUUCAGUCUUGCACAGGUGUACCCGUUCCUCCCCUUCAGUCUUGCACAGGUGUACCCUUCCUCCCCUUCAGUCUUGCACAGGUGUA